GCCUCCCCCCGCCCCGCCCCCGGAUGUGGCGGCGCGGCCGUUCCGGGCCGUUGUCAGCGACGCUCUGCUGUCGCUGGGCUGUCGGCGCGGAGCCGAGCGGGCCGCGGGGGGAGCCCGGCCGGACCACUGAAAAACUGUUAACUGCACGUGAACUAAGCAUGGUCCCAUAAUUCUGAAAACUUAAAACUGAAAAGAAGACAGUUUCAGUUACACAGAGGACAUACUGACUAAAGAUUCUGAAAAUGGAGUGGGGAGGAGAGUAUUCCCUUGAUUCUUCCAAUUUAGACUGUUUGUUAGAUAUUCUUCCUGGAGAAUUGGAGUUUCAACAAGUCCUUAAUGAUAUUGAUGAAAAAAUAAAGAAGAAUUCUUCUAGUGUGGAACAGUGUCUUAAAGACCUACAAUCAGAAGUAAAUGAAAAAUGUACUGAUGAACUACUACAAAACACAACUGACUGCCUUCAGUGGCUAAAUAACUGCAAUUUUAGUUCUCUCAAGCCUUCUUCUACACACCACAGAGAGCUGAUGGAGUUCCUUAGGACCCUGCUGGGAGGACUGGGAGCAGUCUUUACAAGUGAAAGGUUGAUGGGCCUAAGGCUGUGGCAAAAGCCUACCUUCAAAAGGAAGAACGUUGAAGAUGUGGAAAGUGGGCUUACAACAGACAAGAAUUCUUCACUGAUAGAGGAACAAACCUUGCUCAGGAAUGAACAAAAUCAAGAAGAAAUGAUACUUCACUUCCUUCUGGAUCUCUCUAGUCAGUGUGGUGUCUCAUUUCCCUGUACUCCAAGUGGGACGUCUUCUGAGUUUACAUCUUCUCUUCAUGCCAUUGAGGAUAAUUCAACCAUGGAUGUUAAAUCUCUUUGGGAUGAUGUGAGACUACAUCUUCGGCGAUUUUUAGUUAAUAGACUGCAAAGCCAAGAAGAAACUAAUGCUUUACAACAACAAAUGCAGUUUAAAACACAGUGCAUACAGCAGCUUUUGUUUCUUUAUCCUGAAUCAGAAGUCCUAACCAAGUAUCAAAAUAUGCAGAAUAAACUGGUUAGUGAUCUUCUACAGAACUGUCUUCUGUCUAGCUGUGGUGAGACAAAUUUUGAUAAGGUGGUUCAUGGUUACCAAAGUUCCAUACCUACAUUGUGCACAAUGAUAAAAGAGGAUUUGUAUAUACUAAGUGAAGCUAUUGAUCCUUCUUCAUCAUUGAAGUUUAUUAAUGAAACUUAUCUUGAUACAAUCACUGAAGAAAUGACAGUUCUUCUUGAAAGACUUUGUGAGCUGCAGUUCAAGGAAAAUGCUCUACAUAUAGUUAAGGCAAGCAAGAUUUCAAAGAAGCAUAAAGGAACAGUUCAUGCUGUGGCUUCCCAAGAAUGCCACAAAAAAGGAAGGAACUUCUGUUUAACAUUGUAUCAACUCAAGUGUCUUUCUCAACUUAUAAAACUCUUCUUAUUAAUGGAAGAAAAAAUUGAAGAACUCUCUGCAGAAAUUCUGUUGGUGCCUUCAUUUGCUGAGAAGAAUAAGAAUGUUCAAGGAGUUCUGAAGAAAGCUAGUGGGGAGCUUUUAAUAGGAGAAACUAGAGCAAAUGAAACCAGUGUGCUUCCUGAGCAGUUACUUCAGGUAAAAGAGCCUAUUUUACUGGAUUUUGGCUGGAGAAAUGCAUUUAAAGACCUGUCUUCUUCUGUGGCUCACUGUAUAACAAUAGCAAUUGAGGAUAUUUCAACUAAAAUUCUUCAACAUGAGCAGAAAGAGCAGUCUUCAGCUGCAGGCUAUGCAAUGAGUCUUGUAAACAACCAGCAAAUGAGGGAGUCCUGGGGAGCAGUCCAACAAGAGGAGCAACCAAAACGAAUUGCUAAGUUUUGUUCUGACAUCAUGGAAGAACUUGACACAUUGCUUCCAUUGGCUCUGGCAUGCAAAGAUGAUUCUCUUCAGGAAAUUAGAGCAAACUUUGUAGAGGCCUGCAGCAAAGUAGCAACAGCUGUCCUGGCAAGACUAGAGGAGAAAAGCAAAGAUGUUCCCUCCAAAGCUCCACUGCAAAACUUGUAUGCUGCUCUUUCCACAGCGAUACAUGUCUUCCAGCAUUUUACAAUGUAUAGCAAUUUAAUGAGAGAAACCAGCAAAAAACCCCUGUUCCUCGGGCCUGUCCAACAAUAUCAGGAAUUCAUCAACAUUCUCCAGUUUCAAGUUACGAACUACUGCGUCAGAGUUUGUGCUACAAGCAUUUUACAGGAUGCCGAGAGCCACCACUGGGAUGACUACAAAGCUUUUUAUGAGGGGGAAAGAUGUUCGUUCUCUGUCCAGAUGUGGCAUUACUUCUGCUGUGCUCUUCAGCAUGAUCUAUGGACUAUUCUACCUCCCAAGUUAGCCCAGGAGAUUCUUACAGAAGUACUGGAGAAAUCUUUGGCUGUGCUCUCCUCCAGAUAUUCUCAGGCCUGUCCCAGUUACAAGAGAACUCCACAAAUCAGAUUUGAUAUUGCAGCCAUUUUGAUGUCCACUGAAAAUAUGCUCUGGUCAGUUUGCAGUUCAGUACAGGAAUUUCUGAAUCCACAUAAAGACAGAGAUCUCAACAUCUAUAAAAUGCAUAGCCACUGCAACACUCUGCUCUCUGUGCUAGUUAUUUUAACUUCACCACUGAAGAAUUUGUAUGAGACAUUUCUGAACAAUUCUGGUGAACCUCUUUCUCAAGACUUUUCAAAAGAAAUCUUCAAUCAUCCAUUACACUGGUUAUCUUGCAUACCAUCAUCCUGCUCUUCCUUACUUAAGACUCCAUCAGUCAGAGAAAUGGCAGCCCAGGGUCAGCUGAAACUGCUCUUAUCCCAACCAUACUGUAAUUUGAACUUGCUUUUGGAAAUAUUGCUACAUCAUGAUUGUCUCUUAGUGAGAAUUUUACUGAGGAGUUCAAGAAAUGAAGUGUCGAAUUGCAAUGAACAAAGUUCUUUCUUAGAGCAGAAAACAGAUAACAAAGAGCCUACUCUGAUUGAAGCCAUCUUCACAAUAUUGUCUUACUGUAUUUUAUCGCCCAAAUCACUUGGCAUUGCUUUUGAGACCUACAUGGAAAAGGAGCAUCUGUGGGAUUGCUUAUGUAAUAUGACAGUUUCCAGCUGUGGUGACUCAGAGCCAGAGGUUAUCAGAUACUUGAAGAUGACUUUGAUUAAUUCAGUUAAGGGUAUAGUGAAGCAGAUAAUUUCUCUGAUGCAUUCGUGGGAGGCAACAGAAAACUAUGGAACGUAUCAGCACAAGCAAAUAGUUCCUGAAAGUUUACUGAAAACAAUUCCAAAGGAAUGGAAUUAUACACCUCGGGAAAUGAAGAGAAAAGAAUCUGGGAAAUGCUUCACAAGGCUUGCAGCUCAGGCAGUAUCUAUUGUAAUCAGCAAGUUACCUACAGUGAUUGCAUGUUUGCCUCCCCCAAUUAAGUACUUCUUUUUUCUGGCUGAGAGAAAAAUGUCAAGAAACUUUGUUGAAUUGAAGAAAGCUGGUCUGCUUGUCUGGAACUUGAUUGUAAUUAUAUGUCGGAUAUUUGAGGAUGGAAAUACUGCAGAACUUUUAACAGGUGCAACACUUGACAGAUGGAGCAAAGAAAAACUCAGUUUAGUUCGUGUGUGCUUAGAAAGUAUUAUGGGAAAACAGAAAAGUGGUCCUAAACAAGUGACCCAGAAGGUUAUACAGAGCAUUGAACAACAAAGACCAAACUGGAUUGAAAGCCAGUUCCUGAAAGCAAGAAAAUUGAGCACAGAGUGUGCCUCAGUUGCAGUAGGAGGUGCAAUGUUAGAGGAAGGAGGUAUUGCACUUGAAUUCACUGAGCAGAAAAUAAACAUGAUGGUCCUGGAUAUCUGCCACAAACCAGGUGGCAGUGAGUACCUGAGGCAAAUUUAUCACAUCAUCCGGCUCAAUGAGGAAUAUUUGAAAGAGCAGCUGUCCUGUGAGAAUUCCUCUGAAGUGAGUGUUACCUCCAGUCAAUGCCUGCCUUUGACACUGAAGGGCAGAGAAGAGCAGCCUGUCUUCAACCCUUUCCGGGUGCACAGCCAAUCUUGUGCAAAAGUAUUCAAUCAGUCAGCCAUUACUGAAUGGAACUGGGAUUGGUCAAACUUGCUGCCAAGUUAUUUGGGACUGAAUCAGAUGACCUUCAGGGUGCUGCUGGCACACAGGAUUACUUUACAGAACACCAUUACUGACAAAAGGGAGAAACACGUCCUGGAAUAUUAGAGUCCAUACAGACAAAAUCAUGCCAUCCACUUCCUUUUUUUGUGGGAAAGGAGAUCCUUCUCAGGUGUUUCUCUGCCAUACUGAAGCAACUGCAACUCACAGAAAGGUGGUUCUCAAGUAGGCCAGACCAACGUCAUAGUCAACACUUUAAACUCACCCAGGGACCAAGAGGCAUUCAUGAUGAUUCCAGAACUUCUGAUAAGCAUAAAUUCUAUUCAUUAGGUGAAUUGAUGCUUGCUGCAACUGAUAUUUUUCUGGUUGUUUUAUGUUAUACCCACAAGCUGAAAUAUGUUCUCUAGCUCUCUCCUUCCACAACCCUCAAAUGUGGUUUCAAACAUGCAGAAACUCCCUGUUCAGAAUAAAUUAUACAUACACAACUCAGGCUAAAGCCAGGCUCAUUUUUUUUUAGAUCCAGUCUCCAUUUCAAAUCAGCCUUAUUUGAAGCAUUAACCUAUGUUAAACAAAGACAAGCACAAGAUGCAUGAUUGUGUGUCAUAUGUCUUUCAAAGAUAUAUGAUCAGUGCCAACAGCAAACGCUCCCUUCCUACUAAUAACCUCCUAAAAAACCUCCAUGUGUGCAUUGAAGAAUAGCAAUAACAGAAUGGCAUUUUAUGGGAACACAAACUUGAGACCUCUCCAAGAAAAGGAGCAAUUGCAGCUACUCUCAAACACUUAAAAACUAAACAUGCUCUCAAAGACUCAAGUCUUUCUCAAAGUCUUUCAAGACUUUCUCAAAGACUAAAGUAUAAGAUUUAUAAAGAACAGUCCUCUUCAUUCUUGCCAACAUUUGCAAACAGGCUGACAGAUACUCAAACUGCAUUGAAUGUAGGUGACAGAUACAGUAAUAAUUUCCUGGACACUUGUUCUACGUGUGUCAUAGAGAUCUUCAAUUUCUAGCUGUAGAGCCUUCAAACUAAAAUUGUCAUAGAUGCAGGUUAUCUAGGACAUUCCAGUAUAUUGAAGUUUGCUUCAAAGAUCAUUCUCCAGCAUCACGCUCAGAACAGAAUGGUUUGAUAUUACCUGGUCCAAGUCAACCAGUUUCAGUCAGUAACUUUCUGAGCAAAAAAGAGUCAAUGAUAGUGAUCUGGCAAAGGGUACUGCUUUUCUCUAUUACCUGUCUAACUAACCAGGAAAGGUAAUAGACUCAGAACAGGGUUUGUGUGAUGAAUUUUUCAGAACAUCUUCAUUAGUAGUAAACAUUUCAGGUAGAAAUCUAGCAGCUUAUGAGGUCUUUACUUCUUCAAGACUAUGCUUUAGUUUAUUUUACAGCAGUGUGAGGGAGUAUCUGUAAUGCUUUUGGAAAUAUAAAUGUUGUCAGCUUGUUUAUUUUAUUGAUACUUACAUUGGUGAGGAAUGAGUUUCUUCUGCAGGAACUAUGCUCAUUAUACCAUGAUCUUUCAUCAACUUAUUUUAAUUGUUUUUGUAAGUGGUUUUCAAGCAACAGAAAUAAAUCUUUUUAGUCUUUGUACCUCUAAGAAUUAUUUUGUUCUUAAACUUCUUCAGAACUCAUGUGUGUUCUCUCUGGCCUUGAUGAAUUGCUAAUUUUUUAGUUUUCCAGUUUAAGCCCUUCUGACACUAUAAUCUUUUGAUCGUACAUACUCUGUAUCAUCUACUGAAAUGGAGUGUGAUGCAUUUUUCCUCCUGCAAAAUGUAGAAUUGCAUUAUAUUACAAUCACCAUUGCUUGGUUCUCAGCUAUUAUUAAUUUUUAUAUCAGCUUCUUGUAUUUAAUUAGAUUACAUUAACAACAGCUUUUCCUUUUAUUUGCUCUAUAACAUAUUUUUCUACAAUAUAAUCCCUGAAAACGUUGAGACAUUGUGCUUUCAAACUUUCUACCACUCUGUUAUUGGACCAUUUUAUAUGAAAAUACCUAAAAUCAUUCUAAUAACCAUCUUGUUAGACUUUAUCUCCUUGGACAGUCUGUUUUGUGUAUUCAUUAUGCUUCUUUGUAAAUCUGGAUUUGGUAGGAUAAUUCUAGAGCCCUGUAUAUUCUUGAAGUUUUGAGUGUCUUUCCAUAGGUAUUUAACAAGAGUGGUUUUCAGUUUGUGAAAUUUGUUAGUCUUAUCACACUGUAUGUUCAUCCUUUUGACAUCUGUCUGUUUUAUGUAAUUUUUAGAUCGGAAUUUCCUCACUCAUCAGUGAACCAUUCCAUUAUGAUUCUGCAAUAUCUUUUAUGUCAAGGCUAUAUGCUUGUCUUGGGAUGUCCCUUUUUUCCCCCUGUGUGUAUAGAUGUUCGUAGAAUAUGGAUAGAUGGCUGUUUUGUUUUUCUUUUCUACUUUUAUACCACUCCUGAAUUUCACAUUGCUGACUCUACUGUCCAUAGUGUUCCUAAAUAUAUUUUUCUUCUUUUUAUAUCAACAGUCUCAUUUACAAUAUUUAGGACAGAAUUCUUUCAUUUUGUAAUGGCCUUUUCAACACUUUUUCUACUGUAUUUUGUUAACUUUGUCAAAUUUAGUUUUCUCAUUUUAAUCUGUCCUUGCUGUGAUAUGCAGAAUUUUCCUACAUGGGGAUUAAUGCGUGAUUAAUCUUUUUAUUCCAUACUAGAACAUAAUCCUGAAACAGUUAUUCACAUACAUAAUCUAAUGAGUUGUCUCUCUGAAUUCAGUACAAUAACUUGAAUUCAACAUGUUUAAACUAGAUUGCAUGUUUGCAGUUCUGGGACCUGAGAAGGAGACAUAUUGUAAGAAUUGGCAGUGGUGUUUUUUGCUAUUUGUUUGUCUAGUGGUUCUCUGUCUGUGGUCUACAGACAACUCUUGUUCUGUCCCACAGUACAUAGCCUGUAGCCUGUCUGUAUAAGUAUAGUAAAAAUACAGGCCACAGUAAUUUUAAUUUAAAAUUGAAUAAUUGUUUUUAUGGGGACCUACUAGUUCAUUUGAAGGUACAAUAGUCUUUUGAUCUAUAAAGUAGUAUUUAAAGAAGUGAUGCCCUAUAUCUUAAGGAAUAAGAAGUGCUUUCUUUUUUCAUCUGAAGUAAAUAUUCUGUUUUUGUAUUUUUUUUUUUUUUUUAAUAUGGAAAACAUUUAGUAGUAUACAUUUACUCUUUUGGUCAUUGUAUCAGCUAUUGUUUUGGAACUCCAAUUGUUAGAACAACUGAAAAAUGGAGUUUAAACAACACAUUAAUUUCUCCUGCUGGUUUAAGAAUUGGCAAAGUCAUGGUUUCACAAAGAUGAUAUCAAAUAUUUCUGUGGCUAAUGUAAUAAAGGAAUUUAAAUGAGUUUUUCCUUCUGUAUUCUGGAAGAACUGUAGAAAAAGGGACGAAGACUUGAGAAUCAUUUUUCUUUGGCUUAAAAUACUGUUCUCACAGUUUAUUAAAAUGAUAAAUGAUAAGACUGAAGCAUACAACAAGCUUCAGUAUAACUGACUUAAUUUUAAAAGAACUGGAGAGUUACAGGGAGUGUGCACUCCUGUGAACUGAGUAUUUUUUCCUUAAUGACAUUUUCUCAGCAUCCAUUAAUAACAUAAAAAUAAAGCUUUUAGAUCUUUUGGAGCAGA